UAAUUAAUUACGCGUAAAGGAGAGAGAAAGAGAGAGAGAGAAAACAGCCUUCUUCUCGUGCCUUAAGAUUUUGCCUUGAAAGCCUCUGUUGUGAUUUGCGGAGGAUUCCAAAAGGAGUCUUCACUGGCAUGAAGGCCAAGGACUGAAAAACCUUCAUAUAUAUACAUAUAUAUAUAUGUAUGUAUAGAUAGAUACAUAGAUAGAUAUAACGAAUGUAUAGUAGAUACAGAUACAGAGAAAUUUACUGACAGGAGCAGCUUAGCGGAGGAAGAUUGAUGCUCGCAUAGUUCAAUCCAAUCUAUCGGUUUUCCAGCUGCUGAAACUGCUAUUUGAAGAAGGAGACUGCUUUCAUUGUAGACAUUAAUUAGUAAUCUCUAAUUGGCUUAAUUUCCCCCUUGGCUGUGUAGCUUUAGACAUGUUGGAAGAUCGCCCUUGUCAGGUUACGAGAGGUUAUUUAAAAAAUUGUGGACGAAAACACUGCUGGGAUUGCCUGAAGUGCCAGCGUAUUAAGAUUGAAGAACUGAAUGGAAAACAGCCCUUAGCCAUUGAUGUUGUGGAAGAAGAACAUGGUGCUAAUAACUUGCCUUUGCAAUUGGAGGGUGACCUGUCUAUGCCUCCUGUUCAUCAAUCUGAUGACCAGCAGCAAGCUGUGAAUGACCCUGAUUUUGAUCAUGAGGAAGAUGAAGAUAUGGAAUCAGAUGUUCUAUCUGAUAAUCAGCAUCAAACUGAGAGUGACCUCGAUCUGGAUCUUGAGGAAGAUGAAUUGAAUUUAUUGCAUAACCUAAUGGAGAAUGACCUGUCUUUGGCACCAGUUAUUGAUGUUGAGAAAUAUGACCAGGGUGGUAACAAGAUGCUUAAGCUAUCCGAGAAUGACAGGUCUAUGCGUGCAUCUGAUCAAUCUGAUGACCCAAAUAUGGAUGCACUUAUACAUGGUAUAGGGAGGGAUAAUUCCAUAAGUUGUCUAUUACGAUCCUCGAGAUCAGAUUACGGGUCUAUUGCAGCUGUAAGUAAGGCCUUCAAUAGUUUAGUGAAGAAUGGUGAACUGUAUAGGCUUAGGCGCCAGAUUGGUAUGGUUGAACAUUGGGUCUAUAUCUGUUGUGACCUUCCUGAGUGGGAAGCUUUUGAUCCAAAUCUAUGUCGUUGGAUGCAUUUGCCCCCAAUGACUGCUUACGAGUACUUCUCUUAUGGCGAUAAAGAAUCAUUGGCUGUCGGAUCUCAACUGCUUGUAUUCGGAAAGGAGUACUUGUCAAAUAUUAUACACAAGUAUAGUCUGUUAACAAACUCAUGGUCGACUGGAAUGAGCAUGAAUUUCCCAAGAUGUCUGUUUGGUUCAGCAAGCAUGGGUGAGAUGGCAAUUCUAGCUGGAGGCUGUGAUUCUGGGGGUGCGAUUCUCAACAAUGCGGAGAUGUACAAUGCGGAGACUGGAAUCUGGAAGCCUCUCCCAAACAUGAACAAGAAACGGAAAAUGUGUUCUGGUGUGUUCAUGGAUGGGAAGUUCUAUGUGAUUGGUGGAAUCGGAGUGACUAGUUUGAUCCCCCUGAGUUGUGGUGAAGAGUUUGAUCUAGAAACCGAAACAUGGACUGAGAUUCCAGACAUGUCUCCUGUAAGGAUAAGCUAUGUGCCUCAAGUUUCCGAGGCACCUCCUUUGGUUGCGGUUGUGGACAAUGAAUUAUACGCAGCUGAUCAUGCAGCCAUGGUGGUGAGAAAAUAUGUGAAGAACAGUAGAGAAUGGAUUAGUUUAGGAAAAUUGCCCGAGAGAGCUUCUUCUGUGAGUGGUUGGGGAUUGGCAUUUCGGGCUUGUGGAAACCGAUUGAUUUGUAUUGGUGGACCUAGAUCAGCUCUUGGGGGUGGAUUCGUUGAAGUUAACUCAUGGAAGCCUAGUGAAGGUGGUCCUCCAAGGUGGAAUUUGCUUAGCAGGAAACAAUCUCCUUCCUUUGUCUAUAACUGUGCAGUUAUGGGUUGCUGAUCAAAAAGGGACUGGGUAACUUCAUAAUUCAUUUUACUUAUCUUUUCUUUCUUCUUUCUAAUCUUAACUUUACUCAACAAGAAGCCUCUUGGUUUAUUAUACUUUCAAAACUUUUUUUCCCUUAUUUUUUUAACCAUUGAAUUCAUUCUCCUUCUCCCUAUUUCAACUUACAUGAGGAUUUAAAAAGGAUAUAGUUAAUAACUGAUUGAUUUUGGAUAGUGGGUUUUUAGAAAUUAAGUUUUUUGACUAAUUUAUUUGAUAAAUAUUGAUUUUGGUCUCUCUUUUAGUUUUCUUGG